CCUGCACUUUUUCUCUUCUCAGGUAUUCAUGACUAGUCAUCAGCGCUUAAGCCGGAUUGAGUUCCGGCGAACCCCCGUUAAUGCGCCAGCCCAGGUGCGUGUGUGCGUGCGAUUGCGCCCCUCUGUGGGAACCGGACAGGGCCAGGAUGCUCCGUGCGUACGAGGUGUGGACUCCCAUUCCCUGGAGAUCCUCAACUGGAGAAACGAGAUGGAAACGAUGAAGUACCAGUUUGAUGCGUUUUAUAGCGAGGCAGCCACGCAAAAUGAUGUCUACAUGGGGUCGGUUCAGCCUAUCUUGCGUCAUCUGCUAGAGGGGCAGAAUGCCAGCAUCUUGGCUUAUGGGCCGACUGGAGCAGGCAAGACACACACCAUGUUGGGGAGUCGGGAGCACCCAGGGGUGAUACCGCGAGCCGUCUGGGAUGUCUUGCAAAUGACCAGGGAUGCUUCCGGGGAAGAGUGGAAAUACUCGGUCUCCAUGUCUUACCUGGAAAUCUACCAAGAGAAGGUUCUGGACCUCCUCCAGCCCUCCCUUCGAGACCUGCCAAUCCGAGAAGAUCGCAACCACCAGAUCCUCGUGCCGGGCUUGACACAGAAAGAAAUCACAAGCUUCUCGGACUUUGAAAGCCAUUUCCUGCCCGCCAGCUCCAAUCGGACAAUGGCGUCCACGCAUCUGAAUCAGCGCUCCAGCCGUAGCCACGCUGUCCUGCUGAUCCGGGUGGGCCAGACCCAGGGCUGGCCUCCGUACGCCCGCCGGGCCGCCAAGCUUUGCCUCAUCGACUUAGCUGGCUCGGAGGACAACCGGCGGACGGGCAAUAAAGGCCUGCGGCUGAAGGAGAGCGGGGCCAUCAACACGUCGCUCUUUGUGCUCAGCAAGGUGGUCGACGCCCUCAACCAGGGCCUGCCUCGGGUGCCCUACAGGGACAGCAAACUGACCCGUCUUCUGCAGGAUUCUCUGGGCGGUAGCGCUCACAGCUUGAUCAUUGCAAACAUCGCCCCCGAGAAGAGGUACUACUUCAACACCCUCACAAGCCUCAACUUUGCCGCCAAGUCCAAGCAAGUGGUGAACAAACCUUUCACCCAGGAAACCCUGCCAGAAAUCGAGUCCAAAAGACCUUCCGCAGACUUCAGUGAUGCAGGCCCAGCGGCCAAGAGACCUUGCCCAGAGGAGGAACAGCCAAGCGUGGUUGAGGAGAAGUCACUUAGCACCGUGCUGCCUUUGGAGAAUCUUGACCCAGCCGUGGUUGAACGGCUGCUGCGGUUAGAGGCCUUGGAAAAGGAGCACGCUGGGUCCGGGAGUCACGUCUUGCCGCUCCUCAACACACCACGCAGGGAACGGCUGGGCAUUUUGAAGCUGCUGGAUGAGACUCGCCGUGAGCUGAAGACUCUAAAAGAAAAGCAGCAGGAGAUGGAAGCCAAGGCUCUGCAAGAGAAAGAUCGUGCACUUGCCCCACGGGUGUUGGCCAAACCCCGAAAACAGGCAGCGGUAUUGCCCCUCCAGCAAGUGCAGCCCGUUGGAGAGACUCAAGGGGAAGAGGAAGGCAUUGUCGUCAUAAAGCAGAAGAAGGGAGGCCGAAAGAGAAAGGCAACAUCCCUUAACUCCGAAAAUGAGGCUCCCCCAGAGUGGGAGGUGGAGGUCCGUCCCGAUCUGCUGACUCGCAGCAAGGAGAACAUCCUGGCCCUCCUGAAUUCGGGCUCCGUGAAGGAUCUCAUGGCCCUGCGCCGGAUUGGCAAGAAGAAGGCUCAGCUGAUUGUGGCCUGGAGAAACCUCUACGGGUCAUUCAAGGAGGUAGAGGACCUCGGAAAAGUUCAUGGUAUCUCAGCCAAGCAAGUCUCUUCUUUUCUGAAGGCAAAUAUUCUUGAACAUAUUGGAAACCUUCAGUAACCAGAUCGACACUUCCACUUCCCCUGCACCUUGACUUUUUUUUUUAUUAACAAUGAUUGGAUUUUUAUUUCAUUUAACUUUUAGUGCAUUUUAAGGUAUUGGAAAGCAUG